GCUUCAAUUGAACACUCCAAGCUCCAUUAGCAAACUUUUGCGUAGUUCCAUCUAUCAUCUUCACUCUAUCACACUUACAGCCUUACAGACAUGGAAUAUCCUAAAGCGGUUCCAACGAGCAGCUGCCACGUGUUGGCCAUGCCUUAUCCCGGUAGAGGACAUAUAAACCCGAUGAUGAAUCUCUGCAAGCUUAUGCAUUUAAAAAAUCCCAACAUUCUCUUCACCUUCGUGGUCACCGAAGAGUGGCACAGUUUCCUUAGCGGUUGCAAGAAGCCGGAGAUUAUCCGAUUUGACACAAUCCCCAAUGUUAUACCGUCAGAGCUUGUUCGAGCGAAAGAUUUUCCGGGAUUCUUGGAAGCUGUAGCAACGAAGAUGGAAGCUCCAUUUGAGCAACUUCUUGAUCGGCUUGAUUUGCCUGUGAAUGUGAUAAUAGCUGAUACUUAUUUGAGCUGGGUUGUCAGUGUUGGGAAUCGAAGGAAUAUUCCGGUGGCUUCUCUUUGGACUAUGCCUGCUCUUGUAUUUUCUGUCUUCUACCAUUUUGAUCUCCUUCCGGAAAAUGGGCAUUUUCCUGUGGAAUUAUCAGAAAGAGGAGAAGAGUGCGUGGAUUACAUCCCUGGAAUUCCUUCAACACGUUUAUUAGAUUUUCCAACAGUAUUUGAUGGAGUUGGGCGAAAAACACUGCACCUGGCCUUGGAACCUGCUUCAAUGGUGUCCAAAGCACAAUACCUGUUAUUCACUUCUGUCUAUGAGCUUGAAUCUCAAGUCAUUGAUGCUCUAAAAUUGAAGUUCCCCUUUCCUGUCCUCCCUUUAGGCCCUACCAUACCUUAUUUUGAACUAGAAAGCAAUUCUGCUUUAGCUACUAAUGCUUAUCAUCACAAUGUCUCUUACUACCUAGAAUGGCUAAAUUCCCAACCCAUGUGUUCAGUCUUAUAUAUUUCAAUGGGAAGCUUCCUUUCAGUUUCAAGUGCCCAAAUGGAUGAAAUCAUUGCUGGAGUUCUCAAUAGCGGUGUUCGGUUCCUGUGGGUGUCUCGUGGAGAAACAUCUCUGUUUGAAGAUGGUUGUGGUGAUAUGGGAUUAGUGGUCCCUUGGUGUGAUCAGUUGAGAGUGUUGUGCCAUCCUUCUGUUGGUGGUUUUUGGACACAUUGUGGUUGGAAUUCUACUCUUGAAGGUGUUUUCGCUGGAGUUCCAAUGCUUGCUUCUCCUAUAUUUUGGGAUCAAAUUCCAAACAGUAAAAAAAUUGUUACAGAUUGGAAGAUUGGAUGGAGUCUAAAACGAGGGACUCAAUCCAAAAACUUGGUGACACGAGAAGAAAUUGCAAAACUAGUGAAGAGUUUUAUGGAUCCAGAAAAUAGUGGGGUAAAAGAAAUGAGGAAAAAAGCGAAAGAACUUCAAGAGGUUUGUCAAGCAGCAAUUGCAAGAGGCGGAUCAUCUGAUGCUAACCUUGAUUCUUUCAUAAGGGAUAUUUCACAAUGCCAGGCCAAGUAAGUGUGUUGACAUCUUUAGGACUCUUCAUUGUGAACAGACCUGCUGGUUUUUCUUAGAGGAUUUAAUGCUGCAAUUUUUCAGUUUCUACAAGUUAACACCAUCAACUGUGUUACUUGUAAAUCUGUACCCUUUAGUUUCCCAAAUUCAUAAAUAGGCUCAGUUAUUAUUCUAUAUCUCAAUUGUCAAUUGAUGCUGUAACAAUCCUAUGAUGUUCAUUUUUACUGAACAGCUCAAAUGUUGAGUCAUAAGUGAAUUUGUUUUCAUACAUGUCAAACAACCUCUAGCUCUGCAUUAGUAUGGACAACUAGUGCUAGUAAUCUGUAAAUGUUAGCUACAUAAUUUGUUUUAGUUGUCUUCAAAUUUCUUGCAGAUAUUUUCA